AUGAACGUGGAGUGUUCACUCAACUUCAAUUCUAAACAGUCGACGGCAAUUUCACUUUCAUUGGCAGUCCGUCACCCACGACAUUGGCGAUCUGCGCGUCUGGGAAAGCGAUUCACCCUACGCAUUGGAUGGGAUCCGCGAUCUGGGAUACCCAGACUUUUCGCAACGGUAGCCAAUAGACGGGGCGACAGACCAACGAGCAUGCCAAAAAUUGCAUUUUCUACAACAAAUCAAGGCCCCGGCAACACAACAUCGCCAACAUCAUCAGCAGGAGCAGCGAUCGUGGCCACGAGCUCUGGAGCUGGAGCUGGAGCUGGAUUUCAGCCACUGGAGCGAUCAUCGAGCUGCUCCGCCGUUAUUGUUAUUGCCAUGGCCAAAAGCCUGGCAUCGGCUGGCUGGAGCUCCUGGCUCCAAAUUUGGUGCGAAACUGCGUUGUCGCGGGCGCUAUUUUCCCCUUCGUGGAUCGGGCACAGUGGGGCAAGGGUCUCGGGAUUUUCCUGGAUACUGAUUUCAUUUAAAGAAAAAAUUUAA